AUGAGCCUGAGCAUGAGCAUGAGCAUGAGCAUGAGCAUGAGCAUGAGCAUGAGCAUGAGCAUGAGCAUGAGCAUGAGCAUGAGCAAGAGCAUGAGCAUGAGGCUGAGCCUAAGCCUGAUCCUGAGCCUGAGGCUGAGGCUGAGCCUAAGCCUGAUCCUGAGUUUGAGCCUGAUUCUGAGCCUUAGUCUAACCUAUAGUUUUAGUCCUAUAUUAUAG